GAUUGAAAUCAACUACUUAAGGAGAGAGAUGGCAGCUGCAUUUUCAUCCAGUUUAGAGUGGUGCGAUAGCUGUUCGGAGUACAAGGAUGGGAGAAGGCACAGAUCCAAGAGUAACCAUGGACCGAAACCAAGACGCAGAGCAAGGAAACCACCACAGACCAAGCAUCGAUACAAUUCUAAUGGCUCCCAAAAUACCAAAGGCGGUUCCUGCGGUUUCUACUGCAGAGGCUGAAACCAUUAGGAGGCCUCGUGGUCGACCAGCUGGCUCAAAAAACAAGCCUAAGCCGCCCAUCAUCAUCACCCGGGACAGUGCCAACGCUCUUAGAGCACAUGCUAUGGAAGUGAGCUCCGGUUGUGAUGUGAGCGAGAGUUUGGCUAGCUUUGCAAGGAGGAAGCAGCGUGGCAUCUGCAUACUUAGUGGGAGUGGGUGUGUCACCAAUGUCACACUCCGGCAACCAUCUUCACCAGGUGCAAUUGUGACCCUUCACGGUCGGUUUGAGAUCCUCUCACUACUUGGAUCCAUCCUGCCUCCACCAGCCCCACCUGGGAUUACAGGGCUAACCAUUUACUUGGCUGGGGCUCAAGGUCAGGUUGUGGGCGGGGGAGUGGUUGGUGCACUCAUUGCUUCUGGUCCUGUUGUGAUCAUGGCUGCUUCCUUCAUGAACGCUACUUUUGAUCGUCUGCCAUUAGAGGAUGAUGAUGUUACAGUUGCUAUGAAGAGUCAAUAUCACCAGAGUGGUCGUCAUCAUCAUCUGGAUAUCUCGGAGUUGUAUGGGAUGCCACAGAACUUGCUUACUAAUGGUAACAUGCCUCCUGAGAUGUACUCUUGGGCAACAGGCCGGACUAUGUCACAAACCUAAAAAGUGCUGCCAUAUCUAUCAUAUAUAGUCAUUUGCUAUAUUAAGACCUACCUGAGAGCAAUACCACUGUAGCCUGACUGCCCAUUCCAUUGAUGCAGUACUUGUUUUCUUUGUCUCAUUAUUACACUAAUGUAUGACUUAUCAACAGUCAGAUUUUAAAUUAGAUGGAUCUUCAACACCUAUUUUUAGAUAUUCAGGUAGUAAUUGAUGCAAACUUUUAAGUUUGCCUAACAAAAAAUGUACGGAUAA